GUGUUGUCCUUCCACAGAUAGUUAAUAGUACUGGCCGGUGCUGAGUCUGCGCACUAUUCAUUUCGUAUAUCAGGAGUGUUCUCUGCUAAGCUGCAGCCAUGUCUUCGGACUCAGAAAUGGCAGCCUUCGGGCCAGCUGCCCCUUUUCUCCGAAAGUCAGAAAAGGAGAGGAUUGAGGCUCAAAACAAGCCAUUUGAUGCCAAAACAUCAGUUUUUGUGGUGGAUCCUAAGAUCUCCUUUGCAAAAGGUGUUGUGCAGAGCAAGGAGGCAGGGAAAGUCACAGUCAAGAAAGAAGGUGGAGACACUGCGACUGUUAAGGAUGACCAAGUCUUUCCUAUGAAUCCUCCCAAAUUUGAUAAAAUUGAGGACAUGGCCAUGAUGACCCACCUCCAUGAACCUGCUGUGCUGUAUAACCUCAAAGAGCGUUAUGCAGCCUGGAUGAUCUAUACGUAUUCAGGUCUCUUCUGUGUCACUGUCAAUCCCUACAAGUGGCUGCCAGUAUAUAAUCCUGAGGUGGUAAAUGCCUACAGAGGCAAAAAGCGUCAAGAGGCCCCCCCUCACAUCUUCUCCAUCUCUGACAAUGCCUAUCAGUUCAUGUUAACUGAUCGUGAGAACCAGUCCAUUCUAAUCACUGGAGAAUCUGGUGCUGGAAAGACUGUGAACACAAAACGUGUCAUCCAGUAUUUUGCAACAAUUGCUGCAGCUACUGAUAAGAAGAAGGAAGAACCACAGCAAGUAAGCAAGCUAAAGGGAACACUAGAAGAUCAAAUUAUCAGUGCCAACCCUUUGCUGGAGGCUUUUGGGAAUGCCAAGACUGUGAGGAAUGACAACUCUUCCCGUUUUGGUAAAUUCAUCAGAAUUCACUUUGGUGCUACAGGAAAACUGGCUUCUGCAGACAUUGAGACAUAUCUGCUGGAGAAGUCCAGAGUUACUUUCCAGCUGAAAGCUGAAAGAAGCUACCACAUCUUUUAUCAGAUCAUGUCCAACAAGAAGCCAGAACUGAUUGAGCUGCUUCUGAUUACUACCAACCCAUUUGACUUUCACUUUGUGAGUCAGGGUGAGAUCAGUGUUGCCAGUAUCAAUGAUCAAGAAGAGUUGAUGGCAACUGAUGAAGCGAUUGACAUCCUGGGUUUCACUGCUGAGGAAAAGUCAGCCAUUUACAAGCUAACUGGAGCUGUAAUGCACUACGGGAACAUGAAGUUCAAGCAGAAGCAACGUGAGGAGCAGGCUGAGCCAGAUGGCACUGAAGUUGCUGACAAGGCUGCCUACCUCAUGCACCUCAAUUCAGCAGAUCUGCUGAAAGCUUUGUGCUACCCCCGAGUCAAGGUCGGCAAUGAAUAUGUCACCAAAGGCCAAACUGUUCAGCAGGUGUACAAUAAUGUAGGUGCUCUUGCAAAAGCAGUCUAUGAAAAGAUGUUCUUGUGGAUGGUUCUUCGUAUUAACCAGCAGCUGGAUACCAAGCAAGCAAGACAAUACUUCAUUGGUGUGCUGGACAUUGCAGGCUUUGAGAUUUUUGACUACAACAGCUUGGAGCAGCUGUGCAUCAAUUUCACUAAUGAGAAACUGCAACAGUUUUUCAAUCACCACAUGUUUGUGCUGGAACAAGAGGAGUACAAGAAAGAAGGGAUUGAAUGGACUUUCAUAGACUUUGGGAUGGAUUUGGCUGCCUGCAUUGAACUCAUUGAGAAGCCAAUGGGCAUUUUCUCCAUCCUGGAAGAAGAGUGCAUGUUUCCGAAGGCAACUGACACUUCUUUCAAGAACAAGCUCUAUGACCAGCAUCUUGGAAAAUCUGCUAACUUCCAGAAACCUAAGCCUGUCAAAGGCAAGGCUGAAGCCCACUUUGCCCUGGUGCACUAUGCCGGCACUGUGGACUACAAUAUCACUGGCUGGCUGGAGAAGAACAAAGACCCUUUGAAUGAUACGGUGGUGGGUCUGUAUCAGAAAUCAUCCAUGAAGACUCUGGCUUUCCUGUUUGCUGAUCGUCCUGUAGAUGCUGAUGGUGGUGGUGGCGGCGGCGGCAGUGGUGCCAAGAAAGCUGCUAAGAAGAAGGGGUCUUCCUUCCAGACUGUGUCUGCUCUUUUCAGGGAGAACUUAAACAAACUGAUGUCCAAUCUGAGAUGCACUCACCCCCACUUUGUGCGCUGCAUUAUUCCCAAUGAAACAAAAACACCUGGUGCAAUGGAACAUGAACUUGUACUGCAUCAACUGAGGUGUAAUGGUGUACUGGAAGGCAUUCGCAUUUGCCGAAAGGGAUUCCCUAGUAGAAUCGUUUAUGCUGAUUUCAAACAGAGAUACAAGGUUUUAAAUGCAAGUGCAAUUCCAGAAGGCCAGUUCAUUGAUAGCAAGAAGGCUUCUGAGAAACUUCUUGGAUCCAUUGAUGUUGACCACACCCAAUAUAAAUUUGGCCACACCAAGGUGUUCUUCAAAGCUGGCCUUUUGGGUCUUCUGGAAGAGAUGAGAGAUGACAAGCUGGCUCAUCUGAUAACACGUACACAGGCUAUGUGUCGUGGCUUCUUAGCAAGGACAGAGUACCAUAAAAUGUUGGAAAGGAGAGAGGCCAUCUUUACUAUUCAAUACAAUGUCCGUUCAUUCAUGAACGUCAAGCACUGGCCCUGGAUGAAAUUAUAUUUCAAGAUCAAGCCCUUGCUAAAGAGUGCUGAAUCAGAGAAAGAGAUGGCCACCAUGAAAGAAGAGUUUCAGAAAACUAAAGAAGAGCUUGCCAAGUCAGAGGCAAAACGAAAGGAACUUGAAGAAAAAAUGGUGUCUCUGAUCCAAGAGAAGAAUGACUUGCAACUCCAAGUCCAGUCUGAAGCUGAUGGCUUGGCAGAUGCAGAGGAGAGAUGUGACCAGCUGAUCAAAACCAAAAUUCAGCUGGAAGCUAAAAUUAAGGAGCUGACUGAACGGGCAGAGGAUGAAGAGGAAAUGAAUGCUGAGCUGACAGCCAAAAAGAGGAAACUGGAAGAUGAAUGCUCAGAGCUGAAGAAAGACAUUGAUGAUCUUGAGUUAACACUGGCCAAGGUGGAAAAGGAGAAGCAUGCCACAGAAAACAAGGUGAAAAACCUCACUGAAGAGAUGGCAGUCUUGGAUGAGACCAUAGCGAAACUGACCAAGGAAAAGAAAGCCCUCCAAGAGGCCCAUCAACAGACCUUGGAUGACCUGCAGGCAGAGGAGGACAAAGUCAAUACUCUGACCAAAGCAAAGACUAAGCUGGAACAGCAAGUGGACGAUCUUGAAGGGUCCCUGGAGCAAGAAAAGAAGAUACGCAUGGACCUGGAAAGAUCCAAGAGGAAGCUUGAAGGUGAUCUGAAGCUGUCCCAAGAAUCCUUAAUGGAUUUGGAAAAUGAUAAGCAACAGCUGGAUGAAAAGCUUAAGAAGAAAGAAUUUGAAAUCAGCCAGUUCCAAAGCAAAAUUGAAGAUGAGCAGGCCUUGGGCUUACAACUUCAGAAGAAGAUAAAGGAGUUACAGGCCCGUAUUGAGGAACUGGAGGAAGAAAUUGAGGCUGAGCGUGCAUCUCGGGCCAAGGCAGAGAAGCAGCGGGCUGAUUUCUCCAGAGAACUUGAAGAGAUCAGUGAGCGUCUGGAGGAAGCUGGUGGGGCAACCGCAGCUCAGAUUGAGAUGAACAAGAAACGUGAGGCAGAAUUCCAGAAAAUGCGCAGGGACCUUGAAGAGGCCACUCUGCAAAAUGAAGCCACAACAGCUGCUCUCCGCAAGAAGCAUGCAGACAGUGCAGCUGAACUUGGGGAACAAAUUGAUAACUUGCAACGUGUGAAACAGAAGCUGGAGAAGGAGAAGAGUGAGCUGAAGAUGGAGAUUGAUGACCUUGCUAGUAAUUUGGAAUCUGUCUCCAAAGGCAAGGCCAAUUUUGAAAAGAUGUGCCGCACCCUAGAAGAUCAGCUUAGCGAGCUUAAAACAAAAGAAGAAGAGCAUCAACGUUCUAUUAAUGACCUGAAUGUUCAAAGAGCUCGUUUGCAGACAGAAUCUGGUGAACUCUCACGACAGGUAGACGAGAAAGAUGCUUUGAUUACCCAGCUUUCCAGAGGCAAGCAAGCUUUUACUCAACAAAUUGAAGAACUGAAGAGACAACUUGAGGAAGAGAUAAAGGCCAAGAAUGCACUGGCCCACGGCUUACAAUCUGCUAGACAUGACUGUGACCUCCUUCGGGAACAAUAUGAAGAAGAACAGGAAGCCAAGAGUGAGCUUCAGCGUGCCCUGUCCAAGGCGAACAGUGAGGUUGCUCAAUGGAGAACUAAAUACGAGACUGAUGCCAUUCAGCGGACUGAGGAACUGGAAGAGGCCAAGAAAAAGCUGGCUCAGCGUCUGCAGGAUGCUGAAGAACACGUGGAGGCUGUGAAUUCCAAAUGUGCUUCCCUUGAGAAGACAAAGCAAAGGCUACAGAAUGAAGUGGAGGACCUAAUGAUUGACGUGGAAAGGUCCAAUGCAGCCUGUGCAGCUCUAGAUAAGAAGCAGAAGAACUUUGAUAAGAUUCUGGCAGACUGGAAACAGAAAUAUGAGGAAACCCAGUCUGAACUGGAAGCCUCCCAGAAAGAGGCUCGCUCUCUCAGCACAGAGCUCUUUAAGAUGAAGAACGCUUAUGAGGAAUCCUUGGAUCACUUGGAAACUCUGAAGCGUGAAAACAAGAAUCUCCAACAGGAGAUUUCUGACCUCACGGAGCAGGUUGCUGAAGGAGGAAAAGCUAUCCAUGAAUUGGAGAAAGUGAAGAAGCAGAUUGAGCAAGAGAAAAAUGAUCUGCAGACUGCUCUAGAGGAAGCUGAGGCCUCACUGGAACACGAAGAAGGCAAAAUCCUCCGCAUCCAACUUGAGCUCAACCAGGUGAAGGCUGACAUUGACAGGAGAAUUGCAGAGAAGGAUGAAGAAAUUGAUCAGCUGAAGAGGAAUCACCUGAGAGUUGUGGAGUCCAUGCAGAGCACACUGGAUGCUGAGAUCAGGAGCAGGAAUGAUGCCCUGAGGUUGAAAAAGAAGAUGGAGGGAGAUCUGAAUGAAAUGGAAAUCCAGCUGAGCCAUGCCAACCGCCAAGCUGCUGAAGCACAGAAGAACCUCAGGAACACCCAAGGAAUACUCAAGGACACCCAGAUACAUUUGGAUGAAGCUAUGAGGAGCCAGGAAGAUCUGAAGGAGCAGGUGGCCAUGGUUGAGCGCAGAGCUAAUCUUAUGCAGGCUGAGAUUGAGGAGCUCCGUGCAGCUCUGGAACAGACAGAGAGGGGGAGGAAAAUAGCAGAACAGGAGCUUCUGGAUGCCAGUGAGCGCGUGCAACUUCUUCACACUCAGAACACCAGCUUGAUCAACACCAAAAAGAAGCUGGAAACGGAUAUUGCCCAAAUCCAGACUGAAAUGGAGGAGACAAUUCAGGAAGCUCGCAAUGCAGAAGAGAAAGCCAAGAAGGCCAUAACUGAUGCAGCCAUGAUGGCAGAGGAGCUGAAGAAGGAACAAGAUACCAGUGCACAUCUGGAGAGAAUGAAGAAGAACCUAGACCAGACUGUGAAGGACUUGCAGCACCGUCUUGAUGAAGCAGAGCAGCUGGCACUGAAAGGAGGGAAGAAACAGAUCCAGAAACUGGAGGCCAGAGUUCGUGAGCUGGAAGCUGAGUGUGAGAAUGAACAGAAGCGCAGUGCUGAGGCUAUAAAAGGUGUACGAAAGUAUGAGAGAAGAGUAAAGGAACUGACCUAUCAGGCUGAAGAAGACCGGAAGAAUGUUCUGAGACUCCAGGAUCUUGUAGAUAAACUACAACUCAAAGUGAAAGCAUAUAAGCGACAAGCUGAGGAAGCUGAGGAACAAUCGAAUGUGAACCUUUCAAAGUUCCGGAAGAUUCAGCAUGAGCUGGAAGAGGCUGAAGAGCGGGCUGACAUUGCUGAGUCCCAGGUUAACAAGCUCCGGGUGAAGACCCGAGAGGUGCACCACAAAGUUGUUGCUAGCGAAGAAUAAGCUCACCAAAGAGAUGUAGAGUGACUGAAGAGAAGCACAAAAUGUGAAGCUCUUUGUCACUUCCUGUAACUAAUGUUUAUUCCCCUCACUGUUUAGAAAAUAAAGAUUGUAGAUUCCUUUGCAUACUAAAAA